CCGACGGCGCGCGCACGCGUUUCAAAUUUGGAACGACUGGCAUUUAAAUUCGAAUUUUCUAGCGCCUUUGAGUGUUUGUUUUUUAAAAAGUGUUUUAAAGUGCCGCAUUCUGAUUUUACCGGUUUUUUACGGUUAUUGAUUUAAGUAGGUUGUGUUUCGUCACUGCAAGGAUAUUAUUUUUAGCAUUUAGCUUGUUAAAGCUGUUGUUGGCGUGAGACGGAUCUUAAUAUAGCUGUGCGCACUUGUGUAUUCGUCUGUCCGAGAUUAAAAUGAGAAAGAAGAGAAAAAAUAGAUUCACGUGCGAUUAAGAAAUAAAACUCAAAACGCAUUUAAAAUUUUAUUAAUUAAUUGUGUAAGUGAACGUCAAGCCAGACAGGGACUGGGUACUAAUGAGAGAAAAAAAUAACAUUUGAAGUGACCAAAUAUUGACUCUAUUUACCGGUAAAAAGAAAACCAACUCGGAUUCAAUACAAACUUCGGCGCUUUUCGAAAUCCGAAAACAAAUAAUUGCCGCUUCAAGGUGCCCGGUUUUGUUUAAACAUUUUUGGGACUGCUGCCUUUCCCUGUUUAUAUAGCUGCCUUUAAAGGCUUUUUAAAAACAAAACGGUGAAACAAACACGAUCGCAUUUAAGACUAAUAAAAAACGCCUCAAACAAAUGCAUUUUAGUGCGUGUCAAAAUCGAAUUCUAAAUUCGAAUCGAAUAAGGCUCGCCAUUCUUUAACUUUGAUGUGGAUUGUUUAGCACCGCUAAGUGGUGCUAAUUUGUAGUGUCAAAUUGUGGUGUCAAAGUGGCAGGAGACGAGCAUUUGGAUAUGUUGGGGGGCCCCGAGUGGGGGCAGCGGGAGGCCACCCCCCCCAGAGAUGCUCCCCUGCCGAGUUUCGGCUUCACACAGGAGCAAGUCGCCUGCGUAUGCGAGGUCCUACAACAAGCUGGCAACAUCGAGCGUCUCGGCCGCUUCCUCUGGUCGCUCCCAGCCUGCGAGCGGCUCCACGCCCACGAAUCAGUGCUGAAGGCCAAAGCCAUGGUCGCCUUCCAUCGAGGGAACUUCAAGGAACUAUACAGGCUUCUAGAGUCACAUACAUUUAGUCCACACAACCAUGCGAAGCUUCAGACCCUGUGGCUUAAAGCACACUACAUGGAGGCAGAGAGGUUACGCGGGCGGCCGCUCGGAGCCGUCGGCAAAUACCGAGUUAGGCGCAAGUUCCCCUUACCCAGAACGAUAUGGGACGGCGAAGAGACUAGCUACUGUUUCAAGGAAAAGUCACGGUCAGUUCUACGAGAUUGGUACAUACACAAUCCGUACCCAUCUCCUCGGGAGAAGAGAGAAUUAGCAGAGACCACGGGUCUCACCACUGUACAGGUUUCAAACUGGUUUAAAAACAGACGACAAAGAGACAGACAAGCAGAACACAAAGAUGGUGGCAACCCCAACGAGAAGCAACUAGACUCCUCAUCUGAUGACGACAGCGAUGCAGCCCCCACGCACGCUCUACCAGCGCACGCGCCGCAACCACUCUACCCGCUCUACGACCAUCCUCUACAUCUACACUACCAUCACUCGUGACCGCAUUAACUUUAGUGAACCUGACCGCGCUA